AUGGCAGGUCAAAGGAAGCCGCGGAUCAUCCUUGGCCUUAUGGUCAUUGGUCCUAAAGGAAGUCCAGGGGCACGUAUGACGCAUCCGGAUGAUUUCAAGAAGGCCUUGGACAAUUUUCAAGAGCGAGGUUACCGUGAGCUUGACACGGCACGCCUAUAUAUCGGUGGGAAGCAGGAGGUAUUUACAAGACAGGCUGGGUGGAAGGAGAGAGAGGCACUUACAAGUGCGUUCAAUACUUGUUUGAAGGAGCUUGGGGCAGAUUCCGUAGACAUCCUCUACCUUCAUGCACCUGACCGGUCUGUGCCUUUCGCAACUACACUUGAAGCCGUUGAUAAGCUGCAUAAAGCAGGCAAGUUCUUGCAACUAGGUCUCGGCAACUAUGCUUCUUUCGAAGUGGCUGAGACUGUCAUGACGUGUAAGCACAAUGGAUGGGUAAGGCCAACAGUGUACCAGGCCAUAUACAAUUGCCUUUUUCGGACCAUUGAGGACGAAUUGAUCCCAACCUGCCGCCGUUAUAGCAUCGCUGUCGAUGUUUACAGCCCGACUGGAGGCGGGUUCCUCCUCGGCCGGAUCACAUCGAAGGACGACGAUCCGAAGAAAGGAAGAUACGCAGCAGGCCCAUUUCAGCAUUUGACGCGAGGACGGUACUUCAGAGACGGCAUAAUUGAAGGGGCACAGCUGAUCCGUGAAGCAGCCGAGGCGCGAGGCUUGAAUCCCCUGGAGGUAGCGAUGCGCUGGUUAGUACACCACUCGAUGCUACGGGUUAGCGAAGGGAAAGACAAUAUUGUGAUUGGAUUUUCUAAUCUACAGCAACUAAGGGAUAAUAUAGACUACCUAGAAAAGGGGCAGUUAGACGUGGAGCUGCUUCAGGUGCUACAGCGAGCGUGGAAAGCGGCAAAGGGGGACAUGGAGACAUAUUGGCAGUUACCGAUGGUAUACACCUACGAUACGAAAGAAUCCCUUUUUGGGCAAAAGAGCAAGUGA